UGCCUCGUGCACCUGAGCCUGGGGCCGCCCCGUGGGGCCGCCCUCCCUUCAACGGCUCGGAGCAAGCAGGGUGGGAACGCUGCCGGACGGUGGCGCCGGGAUCCCUGAGUCCAUGGCGGUGACCGAGCUGUAUGCGCAGUUCAACAGGGUCUGGAUCCCUGACCCCGAGGAAGUCUGGAAGUCAGCUGAGAUAGUGCAAGACUACCAGGCGGGUGACAGCGCCCUGCGCCUGCGGCUGGAGGAUGGCACGGAGCUGGAGUACCCCACCGAGCCUGGCCUGCUGCCCCCGCUCCGGAACCCCGACAUCCUGGUGGGCGAGAACGACCUCACGGCGCUCAGCUACCUGCACGAGCCCGCCGUGCUGCACAACCUGCGCGUGCGCUUCGCCGAGGCGCGGCUCAUCUACACCUACAGCGGCAUCAUCCUGGUGGCCAUAAAUCCGUACAAGCAGCUGCCGAUCUACGGGGACGCCAUCAUCCACGCCUACAGCGGGCAGAACAUGGGCGACAUGGACCCACACAUCUUCGCCGUGGCGGAGGAGGCCUACAAGCAGAUGGCCAGGAACAACAGAAACCAGUCAGUGAUUGUCAGCGGCGAGUCUGGGGCCGGCAAGACUGUGUCGGCCCGCUAUGCCAUGCGGUACUUCGCCAUGGUCAGCAGGUCCAGCAGCAAAGCCCAGGUGGAGGACAGGGUCCUGGCAUCCAACCCCAUCACAGAGGCUGUCGGGAAUGCCAAGACCACCCGCAAUGACAACAGCAGUCGCUUUGGGAAAUACACAGAAAUCAGCUUCGAUGAGAAAAACCAGAUUAUAGGAGCCAACAUGAGAACGUACCUGCUGGAGAAAUCGAGAGUUGUCUUUCAAUCGGAAAACGAACGGAAUUACCACAUUUUCUACCAGCUCUGUGCAUCUGCACAGCGGCCAGAGUUCAGAUGUCUGAAGCUGGGUCGUGCAGAAGAGUUCAAUUACACAAGGAUGGGUGGCAAUGUGGUCAUCGAGGGUGUGGACGACGGGGCGGACCUGGUGGAGACACAGAAGACCUUCUCGCUGCUUGGCUUCCAGGAGGACUUCCAGCUGGACGUGUUCACUGUUGUGGCCGCCAUCCUUCACCUGGGCAAUGUGCAGGUCACCACAGCAGGCGCCGAGAGGUCCUCCGUCAGUGAGGACGACAGUCACCUGCAGGUGUUCUGCGAGCUCCUGGGCCUGCGGUGUGACCAAGUGGCCCAGUGGCUGUGCCACCGGAAGAUCGUCACCAGCUCGGAGACAGUGGUAAAGCCCAUGACCAGGCCGCAGGCCCUGAAUGCCAGGGACGCGCUGGCCAAGAAGAUCUACGCGCACCUGUUCGACUUCAUCGUGGGCAGGCUCAACGGGGCGCUGGGCUUCACGGGCAGGCGGUGCUGCUUCAUUGGAGUUCUGGACAUCUACGGUUUUGAAACCUUUGAUGUAAACAGCUUUGAACAGUUCUGCAUCAAUUAUGCCAAUGAAAAGCUGCAGCAACAGUUUAACCUGCACGUCUUCAAGCUGGAGCAGGAGGAGUACAUGAAGGAGGACAUCCCCUGGACCCUGAUCGACUUCUACGACAACCAGCCUGUCAUCGACCUCAUUGAAGCAAGAAUGGGCAUUUUGGAGUUGCUGGACGAAGAAUGCUUGUUACCACACGGAACAGACGAGAACUGGCUUCAGAAACUGUAUAAUAAUUUCAUCAACAAGAACUCUCUAUUUGAAAAACCAAGGAUGUCCAAUACAUCCUUCAUCAUCCAGCACUUUGCUGACAAGGUCCAGUACCAAUGUGAGGGCUUCCUGGAGAAGAACAGAGACACGGUAUAUGAGACGCUGGUAGAGACCAUGAGGGCGAGCACGUUUCACCUAUGUGCCAACUUCUUCCAAGAAAGCCCGGCUCCUUUCUCUCCUUUCGGCUCAGCCAUCACUGUGAAGCCUGCAAAGCAGGUGGUCAAACCCAACAGCAAGCACUUGCGGACCUCAGUGGGGAGCAAGUUCCGCAGCUCACUGGCCCUGCUCAUGGAGACCCUCAAUGCCACCACACCCCACUAUGUCCGCUGCAUCAAGCCCAAUGACCGGAAGUUGCCCUUUGAGUUUGACUCAGUGCGAGUCGUGCAGCAGCUGCGUGCCUGCGGGGUCCUGGAAACCAUUCGCAUCAGUGCGCAGAGUUACCCAUCCAGGUGGACGUACAUAGAGUUCUACAGCCGCUACGGCAUCCUCAUGACCCGGCAGGAGCUGGCAGCAGGUGACAAGAAGAGGGUGUGCAUGGCGGUGCUCCACAGGCUCAUCCAGGAUUCUAAUCAGUACCAGCUUGGCAAGACCAAGAUCUUCUUCCGGGCAGGGCAGGUGGCUUACUUGGAGAAGCUGAGGCUGGACAAGCUGAGGCAGGGCUGCGUGGUCAUCCAGACACGCGUGCGCGGCUGGCUGCAGAGGAGGAAGUUCCUCCGCACGCGACACGCGGCUGUCAUCAUCCAGCGCUACUUCCGGGGCCAGCAGACUGUGAGGAAAGCUGUCACUGCACAGGCCUUGAAGGAGACCUGGGCGGCCAUCGUCCUCCAGCGGCACUGCCGAGGGUACCUGGUCCGAAACCUGUACCAGCUGGUCCGCGUGGCUACCAUCACCAUCCAGGCCCACGCUCGCGGCUUCCUGGCCAGGAGGAGGUACCGGAAGAUGCUGGAGGAGCACAAGGCCGUGAUCCUUCAGAAGUACGCGCGCGCCUGGCUGGCCAGGCGCAGGUUCCAGAGCAUCCGCCGACUCGUGCUGCACAUCCAGCUGGCCUACAGGGUGCAGCAUCUGCAGAAGAAGCUGGAGGACCAGAACAGGGAGAACCAUGGCCUGGUGGAGAAGCUGACCAGCCUGGCUGCCCUGUGGGCCAGUGACACUGAGAAGCUUCAGAAGCUGGAACUGGAGCUGGAGAGGGCGGCUUCCCAGCAGCGCAGCUUCGAGGAGAAGGACAGGAGAUACAGGGACGGCGUGGAGCAGAAAUUGGCUGCACUGCGGGCGCGUAAUUCAGAACUGGAAGUCCAGAAAGAACAGAUACAGCUGAAGCUUCAGGAGAAAACACGGGAGCUGGAAGGUAACAAAAAAAUGGACAACCUCACCAAGCAGCUCCUGGAGGACGUGCAGAGGGAGGAGCGACAGAGAGCACUUCUAGAGAAAAGUUUUGAGCUGAAAGCCCAGGACUAUGAGAAGCAGCUGCAGUCCCUGCGAGAGGAAACCCAGGCUCUGCAGAAGGAGAAGGCGCAGCUGAGGCAGGAGCUGGAGGAGGCGCGUGUGGCUGGGGACAGCCUGCAGGGGGAGGUGGUUCGGCUGAGCCAGCAGGCGAAGACCAUCUCCGAGUUCGAGAAGGAGAUCGAGCUGCUGCAGAUGCAGAAGAUAGACGUGGAGAAGCUGGUGCAGCAACAGAAACGGGAAAUGAGAGAAAAGAUGUCCAAGGUCACCAGACAGCUCCUCGAGAGCUACGACAUCGAAGAUGUGAGGAGCAGGCUGUCGACAGAGGACCUGGAGCACCUGAAUGAGGACGGGGAGCUCUGGUUUGCUUACGAGGGGCUCAAGAAAGCCACGAGAGUCCUGGAGAGCCACUUCCAGUCCCAGAAGGACAGCUACGAGAAGGACAUCGAGGCUCUGAACUCCAAAGUGGCGCACCUCAGCCGGGAACUCGGCCGCCUGCAGAGGUUGCUCCGGGAGGAGAGCCACGUGCAUGACAGUGUCCGGCUGGAGGUCACCAGGCUGACAUCGGAGAACAUGAUGAUCCCAGACUUUAAACAGAAAAUUUCAGAGCUGGAGAAACAAAAGCAAGAUCUCGAAAUCCGCUUGCAGGAGCAAACAGAGAAGAAAGGGAAGCCAGAACUGUGGAACCUGCUCGGGCGUCAGGAGGAGGAAGGGGUGCAGAGAGGGGCCCUGGAUGCCCAGAGUGAAAGAGAUGCCCAACUGGAAAAGAAGCUGAGAGAUCGGCAGGAGGCCGGGGUGCGGCUGAAGAAAUCAUCCGAAACUGAAGGGGAGGCGUCCCAGCGCCCUUUGGAAAACAGGGACCUCAAAGAAGAGUUAGAGAUGAAGGACAGAGAGAUCAGAAAGCUGCAAGACCAAGUGAAGACCUUAACCAAGAUCAUUGAAAAAGCCCAGGAUAAGCACCUGUCCCCGGGGCCCGAGGAGUACCUGGGCAUGCUGCAGUGCCAGCCGGAAGACGAGGCCAAGCUCGUGCAGAACCUCAUCCUUGACCUGAAGCCCCGCGGCGUGGUUGUGAACAUGAUGCCCGGGCUGCCGGCGCACAUCCUGCUCAUGUGCGUGCGCUAUGCUGAUGCCCAGAACGACGAGGCCAUGGUGCACUCUCUCCUGGACAGCGCCAUCCGCGGCAUCAAGCAGGUGGUGAAGGAUCAUCUAGAAGACUUUGAGAUGCUGUCAUUUUGGCUUUCCAACACGUGUCACUUCCUCAACUGCCUGAAGCAAUACAGUGGAGAAGAGGAGUUCAUGAAGCACAAUAGUCCACGUCAGAAUGAGAACUGCCUGCACAACUUCGACCUGUCGGAGUACAGACAGAUCCUUAGCGACGUGGCCAUACGGAUCUACCAUCAGUUCAUUACUGUCAUGGAGAGUCACAUCCAGCCCAUAAUAGUACCAGGCAUGCUGGAGCACGAGAGCCUGCAGGGCCUCUCGGGCCUGAAGCCCACUGGCUUCCGGAAGCGCUCAUCCAGCAUCGAUGACACGGACACCUACACCGUGGCCUCGGUCCUGCAGCAGCUGAGCUACUUCUACAGCACCAUGUGCCAGAGCGGGCUGGACGCCGAGCUGGUGCGGCAGGCGGUGAAGCAGCUCUUCUACCUCAUCGGGGCCGUGACGCUGAACAGCCUCUUCCUGCGCAAGGACAUGUGCUCCUGCAGGAAGGGGAUGCAGAUCAGGUGCAACAUCAGCUACCUGGAGGAGUGGCUGAAGGAGAAGAACUUGCAGGCCAGCGCAGCCCAGGACACCUUGGAGCCGCUCUCCCAGGUGGCCUGGCUGCUCCAGGUCAAGAAGAUCACAGACAGUGACGCCGAGGAGAUUGCCAAGCGCUGCAGCUCACUGUCCGCUGUGCAGAUCAUAAAGAUCCUCAACUCCUACACACCCACAGACGACUUCGAGAAGAGAGUGACCCCGUCCUUCGUGCGCAAGGUGCAGACCCUGCUACGUGACCGGAAGGGCUCCGUGCAGCUGCUGGUGGACGCCAAGUUCCUGUUCCCUGUCACCUUCCCUUUCAGCGCCUCGCCACAUGCCCUGGAGCUACUGCAGAUCCCCAGCAGCUUGAAGCUGGGCUUCCUGCGCCGCCUCUAGGGACCAGAACAAGGCCUUGGGGACAGGCUCUGGGCAUCACCUUGUCCUCAUGGGGUGGCUGCUGUGGCUGCACAGUCCUUGUCCCCAGGAGUCUUCUCCCGGGGCUUCUACGGGACUCCUGGAGGGCUCCAGCUUCUCCCAGGUGCCCCAGGCUAUUCUGUCCUCCAACAGAGUCAUCGCAAUGAUUCACUAGUAUUCCUCACACAAAAACUUCUUUCAAAACCAAGUUUAUAAAAGCAACCUAAGCCAGGCCUGUGAUCCCAGCACUAAGGAGGCUGAGGCAGAAGGAUUACCAAAAGUUCAAGGCCAGC